AUGUCCACUACACCUCAGAAAGUCUACUCAGACUUUGGAGAAAACAUUUGUAGAUUUUGUGGAGGUGCGAAAGACCAUUGUACCAAUAUUUUUGGCAUAAGUGGGGAGAGGAAAAAAAUAGGCGACAAAGCAUUUGAGGUUUUAAAUAUUUCCAUCAAAGAAGAGGAUGGUUUGCCACACAAAAUCUGCCGCCCAUGCGAAGGAGCACUGAAUCGGUUCUCCGAGUUCAAAAAAAUGGUUAUCGACACACAAAACCAGCUGAAAUCAAAAGUAAUAACAAAGAGGUGCAAAGUCUUCUCACCUGCUGCUUCUGAGCCGGAGAAAAAAUCGCGAGUGAUGGAAAAAAACCCACCUAGCGCUCGAUCUCUUCCCUUUAAAGCCCAAAAAGCUUCCCAAAAAGCCCUAGAAAAGCCUGUCUCCGAAGUUGACUCUGGAGAGAAAUGUGGUUAUACUAUAUUAUCGCAAGCCGGCCUAAAAAAUCCCGAGGUACGUUGACUCGUUCUGUAGAAAUAACAUUAGACCAAUCAGCUAUGCAAUUCAUUACACUUCAUUUUCACUUGGAUGGUAAAACAAAAAAAUUAAAGCUACGGUUCCAUGAAUUUCACUCUUUGAUCAACCUGUAAGUAAAUGAUUGACGAAGACUACCAGCAGUCUCUCCUUUUCCCAAUUUCCUUAGUUCGUCGAGCGAAAGGCGCGUGAAACGAAAAUGACCACGCGCGUCGUCAACGCGCGCACUUCCCUCACCUUGAAAUCUGAAGAAAAAAGAGAAAACUGCUCGCGGUCUAUGAUGUAAAAAUGAUUACAUUUUUUUUGUUUUGUAAUAAUACCAAAAAUUUGAAAAUAAGAAAUUUCUGAAAAAAAAAACAAACAAACAAACAAAGACUUUAGACUCGGGCAAAAAUAUUAUUCAUGUGGCAAGUUUGCCAGUAUAUUGCAUCCAAAAACAGGGCGUUCAUUUGUUAUUACUAUUUUAACAAAUUAUCAUUAUCAUCAUCAUCAUUGUUGUUAUCGUCCUUGUCAUCAUCAUCGUUAUUAACAAAAGCACAUAGUCUUGGUCAUUCUCUAUGCUCAUGAGAUGCAUUUAGGGGUCCAUCCACCGGGACCCUCCCAUCCCUGAAGACCGGGGUGGGGGUACUUUAGGAAUUUGUGGGUGGGGAUGUGUCACUGGGAUCCUGGAACCCUUAACCUAUACUAGAGCUAGUUCAGCUGAAUUUUGCUACCCUAUACUAGUGUAAACUCCCCAAAUACCCUCUAUCCUAGAGUAGCUGUUUACCAGAAACUACUGAGGUCACUACCAGGGUCUAGCCAAAACAAAACCUUAUACCACAAUCCCUAGUCUGGAUAAAAUCUUCAACCAACUGACCAGUUUUCCUGAAAAAUGAUACCCUAUUCUAGACCCAAACGCUCUGAUUUAUAUACCCUAUUCUAGAGUAAACUGCUUAAGAACCAUACCCUUCACCCCGGCACAUACCUAUAUAGACCAUAUAUGGCAGUACCUCCCCGGGCCCUGAAGCCUGCAAUGCUUUCAGACAUUUCAUGUUAAUAUCAUACAGAAAACUAAAGUUUGAUAUCAAAAUAGACUUAGUGUUUUAUUAGUACUCAAAAACGUGCCCUUUGUUUUGCCUUUUUUUUAAAUGGGUAAGUGUUAAAAAGUGGACUCAACCUUAGAAUCAAAACAAACUGUUAAGCCCCAAUAUAGACAUGCAAAUUCUCUGAUCUUCAUAAUCUUAUAUUUCCUUAAGGAAUUACUUGAGAGAAUUUAAUUAAAUCUUGUCAUUUAAUUAAAUCUUGUCACCUAAAAAAUAUGUUAAAUUGUUAGGAGAAAAUUGAUGUUGAAGAAUCUUGAGUUUAAGCAAAAACUCUUCAUCUACCUACUAGAUUACCAAAUCAGCUGCCCAUGUUCUGGAAACAGACAUAGUACGAAAGCUGACCAAUGCAGUGAGAACUGGGGUGCCCUCUGUGGUUGUGGAUGUUAUGUACAGUGUGCCAUCAUUGAAGACAAUCUUCAAGGUAAAUAUUUUACAAGAACUGAAUGAAAAAUGUACUGAACUGUGCAAGAAGAAUACACCAUCAGUUCUCAGGAAAAACCAAUAUCCUGACAUGGCGGGCUUUGAUUGGAAUUCUAUUCUUAAUGAAAUUUCACAAAGAUGUCCACUCUUGCUUGAUGUCAUGACAACAACUAUUGGAUCAAAACUGAAACCCAACACCAUCCCUUCAAUUUGCUUAUGCUACGGUAUACUAAUGCAGAAGCGGAACCAUGACCUAAGCCUAAUUCAGAGAAUCAAUACUAUUUUACUUGCAGAAGGAAAUGCUAAGAAGCAGGUUGGUUGAAAAAGAACACUUUAUACCAGUAAUUACAUGUAAAAUUAUUAUUUUUUUUCACUCACACAAUCAAACUUGAGGCUGUGUAAUAUAGUUCUAACUCAGCCAUGUUUGUAUACAGAUUUUAAGUAAAUGAUUUAAAUGACAUCAGUCUGAGCUAAGAGGUAAUUCUUGUAACGGUACGCUUUACAUUACGCAUACAAAACAUGGGAAUUUUAGCAAUGACAUUGACUAAUACCGUAAUCAUUUGAUUUAGCGCCUGGGCCGCUUAUUAAUGUUUGGUAAAUUCAAGACAGGGCACUCAUUUUUUUGAGAACAACUGAAUGUUCCAAAAAAACUUUAAGACUUAUUUAAAAAGGGACAAUAACAGAAACUGUACUUCUCUUUGUAACAGUACUAAAUAUAUGGUCAAUGUUCAGUUACCGUGAGAAACUCAGACAAAUGGGGGGUACUUAUUGGAAGGAGGGCGCUAAAUCGAAUCACUUGGAAAAGAAUAGUUCAAGUGCUCUUGAUCUGGUGCAGAUCAGAGGAACUGCAUUAUUUAUCUUCAUAAUAAGGAAAGUAAAGAGAGUAAAUCUUAGGUUUGGUCAAUAUUAUGGUACAUAAAAAUUUUUAAAAAAAUCUUUCUGACAAGGGCAAAAAGAGUCAAUUCUUGUGCCAUGAUUACAAAAAAAAUUCUAACCACAUUGAUCCGGUUUGAUAGCUUAUCAACAGAUGUCAAAGUCUUGGAUUUUGCCUAGGGCACACAAGCAAACUGAAACUCAUGAAGUUAAUUGGCGGACACUUUGCAGACAAAAUAAUUGAUGAAGUAAAGCAAGGGAACAAGCUGCAGGGUACAGGUGACAACUGGGACAUCAGGGUUCUUGUCCAUGACAUGAGAAGUGACCAUCAGAACAAAGAUCUGCACUACUUUGCCUCCAACUUAAUUGUAGACAGGGUGCCAUGUGAAGGCCUGUGUCAGGUCUACCCUCGUCGUAACAUUCAGACACUUCCCAACUGCCAUUUCCUGUUGAAUGAUGCAGAAACAGACAAGCUAAGAGAAGAUUUUAAGGUCCUGGUGGGUAGAGUACUUGUGGCUCACAUUCCAUCACUGUCUUUCUUGAAAGCAGUUAUUCCCCAACACAUAGCCCAUCGCUACACCAAUGAAAUGGCAAAGAAAUCUGCUAUUGUCAGUCUACCAACCCAGCUGAAGGAUGAAAAAAAAUAUGAUGAUGUUGUUGACAUUCUGUGCUUCUAUGAAAAUACCUUAGAGGAGAUUUACAGCAAGGCGGGCGUUAUAAACGUGCCAAGAAAUACAGCACAAGCUAUGCCAAAUGGAAGUCUGGAAGGUAUGCAAUCAGCACCAGAUCAGCCUGGAGCGCACAUUACCAGACAUGAUGAUGAUGACCAUAUGAAAGAUGUAUGUGUUCCUUUUGGGGGAGACCAGUUAACCAGGGUGCGCUUUGCUGGGGCAAAAGAUCUCAGAAAGGGCUGUCACACUGCAAAAGACAGAUUUGAACAUUGUAGUCCAUUUGUUGUAGAACCAUUCCAUACCAAGAUGUCCUAUCUGCAGGUACCUACAAAGAAAAUAUGUUUUUGUCAUACAAAUAAAAUAUUGACUUUUAAAUGGUCAUAAUUUAGAACAAUAAUGCUAACUCAAACUCAAAUGACAUAUGGUAAAUUAAGUUCAAGUUUGGGGUUAAUCAGUCCAAUUUGCAAGUCAUAUUUGGUACACAUACAAGUAGAACAAUAUUCUUAAGUUCUGCACAAACUGUGAAUUUGGUUAUACAUGGACUUCCAUUUUGCUUGUCAUGCAAAUUUUAUCUGGGUUAAAGUAUUUCUUGACCACAUUAGUUCCUAAAGAGUGUUUUUAAUAUUGAAAAUAAUGUGCAUGCACAUAUCCUACAUUUCAGCUUAGUUAAAAGGGUUAAAAUAAGGGCAUAGUAAAAUAAUGGGUAUAAAAUUAGGCCAAAUCGAAGGAAAAUAUAUUUAAUUUGUUCAUAUAAGUGGGAAGUUGACCAAGUCAGUUUAACCUUAGGUAAAAUAAAUAAGUCAGUACACAGUGUAAACCCACUGUAAGAACACAGAAACAUUGUUGUUUGCAUUGAUGUGGUGAAUAUGAAUGGUCUAGAUAUUUUGUUCGGGAAUAAUAAUAUUGUUAUUAUUAUUUGAAACAAUGGGAUGCAAAAUUAUGAAUAUAAAGAGCAACAGGUCAUAAUGAGUUCAAUAAAGUAUAUUAGAUUGACAUGUAUUAGUAGAGUAAGUGUAGUUUAAGGAACAUUAUUUGGCAUAAAUAACAGUGGGUGACUUACCAUAUUGAUACCUCUUUGUGCUAAUAUCCAUUUGCAGCUUGUGUUUGAUCAUUUAUACAAAGCCGAGUCUCUCAGAGAGGUUGGUACCCUCAAAUAUUUCCGUGAAAGGGUAAAUCGCAAAAAUGUUACCCCAGACAAAGUAACAAAGUCAUUCGAAGGAACUGAAGAUUUCUUUGUAAGUGUUGGAACAGCAUACAUCCUGGAGGCAGCCAUGGAGUUUUUUGGUUUGAACGAAGUAAAUGGCACUCCUACAAAACAUGUUCCUCCAGCCGGCAUCUUGCAUCUCCCAAAAUCCAGAAAGAAGACCUUCUUUGAUGAUGUUCUUGGUUCCUUUGUUGAUGAAUUUGUCAUGGCAGAUCCAGACCAAGAUGCCGUGAUGGAAGACCAGGAACUGCAACGAAUAUCUAGUCUUGUAGCUACGGUGGGCCAUGACCAUGACUAUUUUGCUCCAUCUCAAACCAAUGGGGAACUACAAGACAACACUGAUGAUGAUGUUACUGAGGAAGAUACGAGUGGAACAGACAAAGUACGGUCAGUAAAUUUCAAAAGAGAAACCCUUAAUUAACAGGGUGCAAAGAAAGUCAGUUUUACAGCUUGCCAUUCAGUCAAGCUGUAGCUAGAAUCUACUUAAGCAGGCCCAAGAGUCACUGGAUUUAAAUCUGCUCCAAUUUUUUUAAGAGCAAACUGAUUGCAGUUUAAGUAAGAACACUUCUAGGGCUAGUGAAAAUGACUCUUGGGCAAGAACAUAGUAGCAACAGCUUUCCUGAAUGGCAUGCAGAGAACUGACUGUUUUUUCAUCUGGCUCUCUUUGCAUGCUGAGUUAACUUAAUUUGUUUUUCCAAUUAUUUCAUACAAAACCAUAUUUUUGCUUCUUUGUAUACUAAUUAUUGUUUGAUUUUUCCCACACAUCAUAGUUAUAAAAACCAAAGAAACAAUUCAGUGAUACUCCAGUACAACCUUUCUGUUCCCAAGGCUAGGUUUUCCUCAAACAAUGAUAAAUAAAAUUUUCAAAGUUUACCACACUUAAUGCUCCCAUGAACAUAAAAAGCUGUAAAAGCUAGCAGAUGGUGUGAUGACCUCCCUUUGAUUAUAUCACUGCCACCAUUUACACCUACACAUUCAAGUAUAUACCAUACCUAGGCAUCAUUUUUUUGUGCUCAGAAUUUGGUCAAUUCUGUUAUCUUUCCUUUAGAUAUUAUGGGCUUAACAUCAUCGAACUUGCAGUCUUUCUGAUGCAGUUGACUGACACAUGUGCAGAAGGUGAUGGGGAAAGAAACAAUAUCAAUCAAAAGCGCCUACUAUCAUACUUUUUCCGCUUCAAUUCAUUUUCUAAAUAUGCCAUAGAAAUGUUUACCAGCAUUGCUCAAGUCGAAGCAUUACUCUCUGAAGAAGUUGCACAUCGAGUAACGUGGGGGAAGUUUGUCAACUGGACUGGGGGUUUAGGAAACAACAUUGAAGGCGACAAAGCACAGGAGAUUUGCAACUGCACAAGCAAAAAUGUUGUGCAAGGAAUGGGUCCAAACAAGACCAACAAUGCCAUCAUCACUGCCUCCAAGGCAGCACCUGGGAUUCACCAGAUAAAAGGGCAGUUUGACAAGGUAACAAAGAUUCACCCUUCAUCCCGGGCACAUACCACAAGAAGUGCUAAAGAUGAUGAAAUGUUAAUGUUGAAAGACUUACGCAAACUGCGUCCCUUUCGCAUAACUCCUAACAGAUGCCAUGAACACUUUCAACAGAUUACUUUAUCUCCACUGGUUGGACAAGACAUGGAAAAGUUUUUUUCAUGGCUUGAAAAGCACAAGAAACAGAUUGCCAUGGGAUAA